UCCGGUUCACCUGCUGUUGGUCAACCAGGUUAAUGGAUAAACUUCCCAGCUGCUCAUGUGAGCACCGAAACCAGCCUGCAAACCCGGAAGAUUCACGCCACCGUGGAUAAAAAAAAGUACUGGAAUAAAAAAAAAAAACAUUUUCAGAGACAGUUCUCGCCAACGGUGCUGAUGUACCUGAGAGGGAAAUCCAACCAAGCGGUGAACACCAUCAGUCCUAGGGUUAGGGUUAGUUAACGUUUUCCCUUCACGGGUUAUUUUAAAACUACACGUCGGGGCUGCUGUUGGGAGCUUUUCGGCAGAGAUGGACCGACACAGGUACUUUAUUUUUAACCAGAAGGGCGUGCUCGUACUCGGCGUCCUCCAGGUGGCCUGUGCGGGUCUUUGCGUGGUCUGCGGCUUCAUGGACGCAGUUUUCCGCAGAAACACUCCGCUGAGCACCACCAGGACGCCGGUGUGGGGAGGACUGAUCAUGGCCUGUCCGGGCAUUUUGGCGCUGUUUGCCUCUCAAUGGAAAAAAUCAAAACUGGUGAGUGUGGCGGUUGUGGCUGCGUUGGUUUCCUGUCUGACCACAGUGGUCGUAGCAGGCUACUCGUGUUUGACGCUCACCUACGGAGAGGAGAAUAAAGAAGUCUUCCACCACCACGACAGUCCUGAAGUGACGUUUGUCCUUCAUAGGAUGGUGAAAGGGGCCAAUGCCACCAUCCUGCUCAGCUGCAGCAUCAGCUUUGUCCUCUCGUCUCUCAUUGCCUACGUGGGCUGCCGUAGUCUUCCUCUCUGCGCCUGCUACGACACCCGGACCGGUCUGGAGACCCUCGUUCCUCAGUAUGAUACUGGGGACACUGAGAUGGUGUGUACAUGGCAAGCAGGGGGCGACGACAGACUCUUCAACUCCCCGGCUCAUCUGACUGACGGCGGCACCGCUGAGGAAGAGGAGGCCUCCUCCAAACUGCCUCCGUACAGCAGACUGACCUGAAACACAUCCACGGCACAGAGGCUGGUUCUUAAUGUUCCUGUUUGUGGACGAUUCUAUGCAAUCACGGGAAAUAUCUUCACGCAGUUCUUUCUGUGAACGGACAGAGAAGGGAUCCCAAGGCAUAUGAAUCUCGAGUGUUUGUGAUCAGACCAAGCACUUUUGGACUAUGACGCCGUCCUAUUUGCUCUCAUUUCUGUUGCUAGUUGCUGAAACUGUGCCAAACUUGAAUAUGUGUACGUGGCUGAAAUAAUUGAUUCCCCGUGUGCGGUGCGAGAGUGAAUUUUGUUCUGAGCUCAUACAUUUUUAUGUGUAUUUAAUAAAUAAAACUGACUGGACUGAAGAAAGAAUAUUUAAAGAAAGAGUGACUGCAUAUAUAUAUAUAUAUUUUUUUUUUUGUUGAAAUGUUCAGGGUAGUUUAUUGCAGGUUACACAUGACAAAACCACUGCAAGCAUCUUCCCUUCAUCACUCAUCCCCAGUAGUUUCAUUAUUCUCAUUCACGUACAAGAGCAGUGUUGGUUGAUUGUGGCUUUAGUGAACGAAAAUAAUAAUAAUAAAAAAAAAAUAAUAA